CCAUGAUUGUUGUGUUGUUCAGGCAAAAAUAGUUCAGCUCGUCCGUCGUGCUUUGAGAUUUGUUAUUUUCUGGACGCAAAGAAGAGGAAGCUUGUUUGAUUAACGUCGCUUUAGGAAUAAAAGAAAGAUACCUGAACAUGGACUCUCGAUUUGCUCACCUGCGUCAGCGGGACACCAGUGUGUCGAUGCUGAGGGUGAAAAUGUCCCGCAGGAGGUCUCAGUCCCAGAAGGAGAACCGUGACCGGGCUGUGAACUCUCGAAGACAGCUGGACCAGGUCCCGGAGCUGGACGUCUCAUCACUGGAUGCCUCCAUCGCAAUGGCCAACAUGUCGAUCAUUCAGGAGAAGACUCUGAACAAGACAAAAGUUGCCAAAAACGUGGCGGUAGAGGAGAGACUGAAACAGCUUGAGAGAUGGAAAGAGCGUAAGGCUCUGGAGAAGGAGAAAGAAAGGAGAGAACUUGAGCGGAAAGGGGUUUUCAAGACCGGCGUUUAUCAUCCUAAGGACACGUUUGACGUUGGCUCUCUGCCCCUGGUCCCAGGCGCCUCAACCAGAACUAAGGAGACAAAAUUAAACAUGGCUCCACCCCAGAGUACCAGAGUGACCCGGUCGAUGAAGCAGCAGCAGGAAGUGCAAAGGCCUCUGAAGCUGCAAGAUCCAAAUGCUUCAAGGAAAGUCCAACCUGCUACGGAGAAAACGAACCGGACACGGGCAGUUACUGCAAAGCCCGCGCCGCCUGCGACCAAGACCAAAGUCUGUGCAGUGGAGCCUGUUGUACGAGCCUCCAGAUCAGCCAGCAGGCCUCCUGUUACAGCUGCUCCAGUACUGAAAGACAAACCCAAGGACACGGCUGCAGAUGUAAGAAGCACAAGAAGCAGAGUGAUUGUCAACCCUUUGGCUCCCCCUUCUGACAGAAAAAGGAACUGUAAAGCAGCUGUCACCAACACAGUCCAGCCUGCUGAGCAUAAGGAGCCUGAGAUUCAGGAGCCUGAGAUUCAGGAGCCAGAGGAGAAACCAUGUCUACCCAGCCCGGCACCCUGUCCUGAGAAGGAGGAGGACGAGGACAUGGUGGUGGAUGGAGCUCAGGCCGACUCUGUCCCGGCUGUGGAUCCCGUAGAAGAACCGUCUUCUUUCGCUCCUGAUGGUUUCAUAUUCCAGGCUCCCAAUGGAUUGUCGUCCUUUAAGUUUGAGCCGCUUACUCCACGAUCAGCCGACGCUUUCCUCACACCGAGCUCCAGCUUCAAUCUCCCAGCAGCCCCCUUGUUCAACGAGGAGCCUCAGGCUGAGGCAAGCGAACCGUCUCCUCCUAAAUCCCCUCGCCGCUCUCCUCCUCGUUCAUCUCCAACAGCGGCCCCUCCCUCUCCAGUUAGCCCGCUGGAAUCCAAGCAUGAUGUUCCAUACUUCAGGUCAGAAAUAUCCAAUGAGACCAACGGACUGACGACGAUGAGUGAACACUGGGAGCCAAAAGUGGAGGAUGAAUCCAUCCCAGAGGAGAUGAGAGACACUAUACGUACAGUGGUCGGCCAGGCGAGGCUGCUGAUGAAGGAGCGCUUUAAGCAGUUCAGCGGUCUGGUGGAUGACUGCGAGCUGGGCCGAGGAGAGAAGAUCACAACCUGCUCCGACCUGCAGGGAUUCUGGGACAUGGUGUACUACCAGGUAGAAGACGUCAACAAAAAGUUUGAUGCUCUAAAAGAAGCAGAGAGCCGAGGGUGGGUGGAGGAGCACAAGCCACCACCGAGACAGAGGAAAGUCGUGAAGAAACCAGCAGCUGCACCUGCUAAGCCAUCAGGAACCAAAGCAGCAGCUAAGUCUCGUCUGGCUGCCAUCAAGGCGGCCAUGAAAGCCAAGCAGCAGGCGGCUGAGGCAGAGAAAGCUGCAAAGGAUGCUGGGAAUAAUGAGGACAACCUGAGUCAGAAAUCUCAGGAGCCUCAAGCAGAGGCCAACCAGGCUGACACCAUGGUGUUUGAUGGAGGCUUUUUCCAGGUGGAGAGCCCAGCCAAACUACCAGGUUCAGUGAGGAGAUCCAGUCGUCUCAGUGCCGCCGUGCUCCCUCAGGCCUCGCCCUGCUCCAACUUCCUCUCACCCAGGAGAGUCACUCGUCAAUCCAUGGCUCUGGCACAGACCCCUGUUCCCGCCGCCUCUCCUGCUAGGCCCGCUCACACUCCCGCCCACUUCUGUCUCACGCUGGAACAAACACCAGCACAAGCGUCUCAGAGAGGGACUCCUGGGUCGUCUCAGAACAGAAAGAACUCUGUAAAUGUCUCCCUCUGCUUCACACCCGUCAGGGAAGUUCUGUCAGAUGUCGCCCCCCAGCCUGAAGCGAGCCAAUCAGAAACAGUCUCCGUGAAGGAAAGCACGGCCACACCUGUGCCUCCACUUCCAUCUAUUUUUGUAGUGGAGCAAGAAGAACCAGCUGACACAGUCAAUAGUGACCUCACUCUUUCUCCAAGACUCUCCCUCUCUCUGUGCAAAACCCCUCUUCAGGUCCCCGAGCCCUCACCGUCUCUGAGCUUCACAUUGUCACCCUGUGAAACUCCCAACAAGCCACCCACCUCCUCCUCCCCUCCUCCUGCUGUGGAGGCCCAGGAGUCUGUUUGUCAGACUCCGAACAGCUCGGUUAUCGAGGAGAUCACCGGUUUGGACUUUGAGCGUUACCUCCAGCCUACAAACAGAUGCAGCAUAUCUCCAGGAGAGGUCGAGUCAGCUGAGUCUGAAAUGCUCCUCUUCACCCCGGACCUGAAGGACCGGAUACGGCAGUCUGUCUGUCCAAGUGACCUCAUGGUCUUUACACCGCCCCUCUAAAGUGUAGCAAAGACUGUUUCUUUUU